AUGCAACAGAGAGAUACGCUAAGGUCAGGCAGCACCAACAAUGGGUCGAUAAUGGGUCAUAAACAUUCAUCGUCAACCCUGAGUGCUCCACCAGAACAUUUGAGUGAGUUCUAUUCAUUUAUGAACAAUAAAUCUAACCUUUCACUUUCACCCAACCAAAGUCCCAAUGUCAGAGAUUUCCUGCAAUCGAAUAAAAGAAUCACAAGACAACCAUCACUCAAUACAUUCACCUCAUUUACACCAUCCGUAUUAGAUUUACCGAAUAUCAUCAACUCCAAGGAUUUUGACAAUUCUAUUCAAACCUAUGAAACUAUGUUAUCGAAGGCAGAUAAACUCAGAAAUGCAUUGCUAUUGGUAUCUGAAGCUGCUAACGAAUUUGGACAAUCAUUAGAAGACACGAUCAAUUUGAACCCCAAGGUCAAUAGUUCGAAACAAGUGUCUGAUGGUUUGAUUAAUGCUGGAAGUCUACAAUACAUAAUUGGUAGUAACAACCAAAUCUUGAGUAGACUUUUAUCGAAUAAUUUCCAACAACCAUUGAAAGAGAAACUAGAAGAACUUAAAAGCAAUUAUGAAACCAACCAUAAAUAUUACCAACAAGAAGUCAGAUUGAAAUCUAAAAUUUUAAGAGCCAAGGAAUUAGAGAACAUCAAAUUGUCAAAACUGAAGACCAGGAAUUUGACCAUUUAUAAAAAUAAUUUGAUGAAUUUAACGAGUCAAUUGGAUGAAAUUGACAGAUUAAAAUACGAUUAUUAUCAUGAUGUUAAUUCAAUGAUGGAAGAAUUCAAUCAGAAUCAAUUAUUGAUUAAAACAGGGUCUAUAAUUCGAGCUGAAUUGGAGUUAUUCGAAGGAAUCGCCAGAAAAGGAUGGACAGGAGGAGGUUUAGAUCAAUUAUUAUCGAUUUCUCCUGAUUUAUUCGCAAUCAACGAAGACGAAACUCAUCUGUUCGAAAAUUAUAACAUGGAUAACAUUGAUGAAGAUGAUGAGAGUUUAAUCAGCGAUAUGGAAGCUCAAGAAGUGGUUGAUUCAAAUACGGAAACAAAAGCUGACGAAACAGUUGAAACAGUUAAAUUGCAUACUAGAUCAGACUCGAAAUUAGAAUCAAUGAAGAAUCUCGAUAUUUCCACUCCUAGAAAUGAAGAGUUAGAUGAGGAUGAUGUUAAAGAUAUGGAUGAAUCAUUUAGUCUACCUAAGAUAAAUGGCCACUCCUUGGUUAAUUCUCAAGGAAAAAGUGAUGGAAGUUUCAACAAUGAUGAUAUAUUGAACGAGUUAGACGAUUGA